AAGAAGAAGAAGAAGGGUGAAGAGGGCCAACGACGAGACGAAGUAGCCCGCCAGAAAUAGCUAAUAUGACAUUCACUCUGAGACGGGCGGCCAGCCGGCCCGGACGAACGCGCUGUCACAGCGCUGAUUUUGGCGAUAGAAACGUGCGAACACACGGGGCCCCCCCUAGAGAGGGCCCCCGACCCGAAGAGGCCGCCGUAAGGCGGUCAAACGCUCUCAGGCAUGGAGCAGUUCGAGCAACUGCUAACGUGCGCGAUAUGCCUGGAUCGCUACAGGAACCCGAAGCUUUUACCAUGCCAGCACAGCUUUUGCAUGGAACCGUGCAUGGACGGCCUCGUCGAUUAUGUUCGUCGACAGGUCAAAUGUCCGGAAUGUCGUGCAGAACAUCGUAUACCUUAUCAGGGUGUUCAAGCCUUCCCUACCAACGUGACGCUACAACGAUUUUUGGAAUUACACAUAGAGAUCACAGGGGAAUUGCCAGAUCCAACCAGUGGUCAGACCAUGGAACGAUGUGGUGUCUGCUCAGAAAAGAGCUACUGUUCCCUCUGCGUCCAUUGUGAGAAGAAAUGUUGUCCUGAAUGCAAGGACGCCCAUAUGGACAUCCUUAGACGUGAAAUAACUCGUAUCAACUCCCAGGUUCGAAGAGGUCUCCAUAGGCUACAAGAUGCCCUGGCAUUGGUCGAAAAAAAUACGUUGGGUCUGCAAACUAAUUGUGCUGCGGUUGCCGAAGAAGUAGACGAGAUUUAUAGAAGAUUGAGCAAAGCUUUAAAAGACCGAACGGAAUAUCUACGCAACGAGGUCGAUCGGUACUUAGGUACCGAGUUACGUGGUCUGAUACAACUCAAAGAGAAUCUCGAAUUGGAAAUCGCAAACAUUCAAAGUAACUGCGAUUUGGCAGAGGCUCACAUCAAUGAGAAUGUUCCUUGGGACGACUCGGAGCUUCUCGAUACGAAAGAACUCUUUCUACGUACGGUAGAAUUCAUCAGAAAUUUCGAGUACGAAGCCGGGGAUUAUAGUAGAAGAGUGCGUUUCAUGAUGGCUCACGAUCCAAAUCAAUUAGUUCUUCACGUGGCUGGUUAUGGGGAGCUCAACAUCAAACCGGAAAGCGGAACCGGAGGACUGUUAGGUAGUUCAAGCAGUUUAGCACCCCCAGGUGGUUCUCCGGGACUUAUGAGAAGCAAGAGCGAUCAUCGUCUUGCUUCGCAGUAUCGACAGCAGGAAGAGGAACGGCUAGCCAGGAAUCGAUACGUUCCUGAAUACGAAUACGAGGCACCUGAGUACGAUGCACCGAGGAACAAGUCACGUUAUAGAAGUCGCUUUAUGAGGCAUCGCGAUGGUGACGAUUCCGAUGGUGAUUCGAGAUCAACGGUGAGAUUCACGUCGACGCCACAGGAAUCUGGAUUACGUGAGCGUGUAUUGGAUACGGAGGAUGCUGCCCGAGGACCUUUGUCCGGUAUUUUCCGUUUGACGGAUUCGCCGCGCGUCAUGAAGAAACUUCAAGAGUGCGAGAGAGCUGGCAAAAGAAAGAAGGAAGAAUCCGCUCAACCUGCGCAACCACAAACACCCAAACCUCAGGUACAAGUUAGAAUAGCACCGACGGCAAUGGCGAGACAAGUCAGCGAGGACGACGAAAUUUCCAGGAUCAAGAAGCAGAACAAGAACGCGGCACAGCCAACGGUGGAAACGGUGGAGGAACGACAGCCACAACCACCAACGGCGGCGGCCCAUCCACAAGCGAGAGAACAACCACAGACGGAGCGUGAAGCGGAGGAAGCUGCGGUCAGAAGACCACCCACGAUCGCGAGGAGAACCUCGACUGACACCCACGCUCCCGCAACUAGAAGCGCUUCCUCGGACUCUAGCACUGGCUCUGAGAGUUCAACGGGAUCGGGAAUUCGUAGCACGGGCGCCCCAUUCACCGCCGAGGAAAUGAAACAAAAAUAUCUGUCGAGAGCACCGCCAACAAAUACGACCACAAGCACGGUCACUGCCAGUUCCGGCAGAGAUUCCACGGCGAGCAGUGUUCCUGCUUCGAGGCCCUUCCAAAGCCGAUUCUUAGGCACAGGUAAUCGCGCGGCACCCCCACCACCAACAACGACACAGCCAAGCAGAGAGGAAACAACAACAACGAAAAAGAAAGAGGAUGACGAGGAGGAUGAUGAGGAAGAGACGAGCAGUUCCUCUGAGGAAACAGAAUCCGAAACUGAAGAGGAGUCAGAAACUGAUACUCAUACGACGCCAACAACGUCAACCAUCCCAUCGUCGAUUCCUCAGGAUCGUCAAAGAAACGACGCUGCUAUGGCACGAACCGACAUAGGUGCAUUACUAGCACGAAGUGCCGAGGCCCGACGUGGAAGCAAGGAGGACUCACCCUCGACCAGGUAUUCGACAUCGAGGGGAAGUCCCGCGCAUAUCGUGACGAGCCCGACGAGCCCACUGACGAUGACGACGACGAGCGGCUCGAUGAUGACCGGAAGUGGUGCCGGAAGUGGUGUUCCGAUAUCCUCUACUGGUGGCUACUCCUCCAGCAGGUUCUUGAACAAGAGCAGAAGCCAGGCGGCAAUGGCGACGAGGGAACGGGAGAGAGAACGGGAGAGAGAGAGGGAGAGGGAACACGAGAGAGAACGGGAGAGAGAACGCGAGAGAGAACGGGAAAGAGAACGAGAGCGAGAAAGAGAGCGCGAGAGAGAGCGAGAACGGGAACGGGAACGGGAACGGGAGAAGGAAAGAGAAAGGGAAAGGGAACGAGAACGGGAGAGAGAGAGAGAGAACGCCGUCUCUGGGAUAGGAGAGACAGAGACAACGACAACGACAACCGAACCAUCGACUCUACUUCCACGUUCGCGUUACGCCGCCCUGAAGGAGAGACGACAACGAUUGGCUCGUUCGAGAAGCUCGCACAAUUUCGGGGGCGACGAGGUCGAUCUAGACGAGGAGCCACCGUCGCCAACAACCCAAUCACCGAACGCUUAUCUCGCGGCAAAAUACGGCGCCGGUUCUGAACUAGCGCGUAGCCGUAGUACUCACGCUUUAAAGUCGAGGGAACCGAGCCCAGAAAGGGACCGAUCAGGUGCCGAAAAGGAUGGCGCCGCCCUAAGUUCCUGGGCAAGAUAUCUCAAAAAUAAAUACGGCAAUCGUAGCGCCAAAGACAAAGAGCCGCCUUCCACGACUACCUCGAUUCCCUCAUCCAGCGCCAGCGCAACCUCCAGAAGGUUAUCACUCGGUCUACCUCUUAGGCACACCGGUCAAACGUCCUUCGAAUCUUCUGACGACGAUCAAAAAAACCCGUCAGGCUCCCCCACGUCCCCUACAGCAGCUCCCGUUAUACCCGCGGCAGCAGGUUCCUCCACUAGGAGUAAUUAUCUGCUAAAGCGGCGACAGCUGUUCAAGUUUGGGAUGCGGGGGAGCGAAGCCGGAUGCUUUACUUGGCCAAGAGGCCUUGCAAUCGGCCCGGACAACACCAUCGUCGUCGCCGACAGCUCCAAUCAUCGUGUUCAAGUAUUUAACAGUAACGGUAACUUCCUGAAGGAAUUUGGAACAUAUGGAAGUGGGGAAGGUGAAUUCGACUGCCUCGCAGGUGUAGCCGUUAACAGAAUUGGCCAAUAUAUCAUCGCUGACCGUUAUAAUCAUAGGAUUCAGGUGCUCGAUCCUUCCGGCCGUUUCCUGAGGGCUUUUGGUUCUCAAGGCACCGCCGACGGACGAUUCAAUUAUCCCUGGGGUAUUACCACGGACGCCCUUGGAUUUAUUUAUGUGUGCGAUAAGGAGAACCAUCGGGUGCAGGUAUUUCAAUCGGACGGUACGUUCGUUGGAAAAUUUGGAUCUUGCGGUAGUGGACGUGGUCAAUUAGAACAUCCACAUUACAUAGCAGUUAGCAACACUAAUCGCGUUAUAGUCAGCGAUGGAAAUAAUCAUCGAAUUCAGAUAUUCGACGUGAAUGGUCGUGUAUUGAGUUCCUUUGGAUCCGAGGGCUCGGACGAAGGUCAGUUUAAGUUUCCAAGAGGUGUAGCCGUUGAUGAACAAGGAUAUAUAGUCGUAGCUGAUUCAGGAAACAAUCGAAUACAAAUCUUCAGUCCAGAAGGUAACUUUCUUAAGUCUUUCGGUGGCUGGGGAAGCGGAGAUGGAGAGUUCAAAGGUCUUGAGGGUGUCGCCGUUACAUCAAACGGUAAUAUCGUUAUAUGCGAUCGGGAAAAUCAUCGUGUUCAAGUAUUUUAAAAUUAAUUCUAAUCUUUUAAUUCACGUAAAUACAUAUGUCAGGAUUAAAAUGUCUUAUAGCUACGCUGUAAACCGUGUUCGAUUUUAUAACUAACGUUCUCCUAAUGCGAUGCAUUUUUACGAUGCCAAAGAGAACAAUAAUGCUAAGAAAGCCGAAUGAAAUAUAAUAUUUGCAUUUUCGAACGAUCCGGAUCUAUGCGUAUGUAUGUACUUAAGUACUGUUUAUUACGAGCCAGUAUAAUUAUUAUUUAUCAUUCGUAAAACCUUGAAUUAUUAUGAUCGUAUAAGAACGUUUAAAAGCUUCGUUGUAAUCCUUCAAAUAAUUUUAAGUUUAACCUCGUUUUUUAUUUCUUCUUUCUCUUCUUCUUUUUUUUUUGUUUCUCUCUAUCUCUCUUUCUUCUUUGUCUCUAUGUCUCUCUUUUUAAGAACUCGCGAAAAUGUUAACUCUUUGUCUUGAUACUCGAUAAUUGUUACGCGAAGUAAACUGCAUUAACGACUACGUAUGCAUUUUUAACACGAUAAUAUUUAAUGAGAAACAAUUUAUAGCAAUGGAUAAAUCGAUUUAACUCGAAAAAAUGAUAUAAAUAGAUAUCGUUAUUUGAUAAUUAA